AUGUCGUUAAGGAGGCAGGACUCUUCACGAGAGACACUCCUCAAAGAGCUGGAAUACUUGAACCCGAACUGUACCGUCUAUCUGGACGAUGUGCUAGCCGAGGCUGUCGAGCCUGUCAUGUUGUACGCCUCACGAGGGUCAUCUCCUGUACGUCAAGUAAAAUCUUCUCACUUACGGUACAAUUCUUCAGUGAGCAGAGAAUUAAAAGGAUUGAUUAAUCGUCAAGAUUAUUGGAACGAGCAGCAGAGCAAAGAGUUGAAGGCCAAAGAAGGCUUGAGCACUCCUGCAGGAAGCCAGAACGUGCAAACAAACCGAACAAUUGGCCAAAAAGCAGGAUCUAACGUAGCUGGAUCGGGCACCGGAGGAGCCGUAAAGGGCGAAAGAAGAUCCGACGAUGUGGAAGCAGAAUGGGCCGAAGUUUGUUUAGCCAACAUUACUGGGGAGCUGUUAGAAGUGAAGCGAAAAGAGACAGCCAAGGAGAACGUUGAGGUUGGCCUUAUGUUC